UCUCUCUUGGAACACUUUGAUAAUGUCUCCUUUUGUCUUGUUUGCUUUGAUGCUUUUCAGCCAAUUCAUGGCUGGAUUGAACACACCAUUACCACCUCCAAGCUAUGGUGAUCAUGUGUCCAUUCUCAGCAUAGAUGGUGGUGGCAUCAAAGGAAUUAUUCCAGCCACUGUUCUUGAUUACUUGGACAAGGCUCUUAAGGCUAAGAAUCCAACAACAUCGUUGGCGGAUUAUUUUGAUGUGAUAUCAGGAACAAGCACUGGUGGACUCAUGACUCUUAUGUUAACAGCUCCAAGCUCACCUGGUUCCAAUCAACCUCUCUUUACUCCAUCAGAAGUCGUACAGUUCUACAAGACGUAUGGUCCUGAUAUAUUUAAACCCAGACCUUUAUGGGAUCCUAUCAAAUGUCCAAAGUAUGAUGGAGUGUUCUUACGAGACAAAGCUAGAGAGUUAUUGAACGAUACACGACUGAAUCAGACGUUGACGAACGUGGUAAUAACAUCUUUCGAUGAGCAGAAAAUCUACCCAGUUAUAUUCUCAAGCUUCAAGCUGAAGACAGAAACAUACUUGAAUGCGCAGCUCUCAGACAUAGGUCUUGCAACUUCGGCUGCACCAACCUUUCUACCAGCCCACGAAUUUGAGAAUGGUGGUGUUAAAUUUGAUUUGAUUGAUGGUGCUAUGGCUGCUAACAAUCCAGCCCUGGUCGCUACGAGUGAAGUGAUACAACACAGUGGGCAAAAGGAAAUUUUGUUGCUGUCAUUAGGAACUGGAAUUACACCCAAAGCUCAGGACAAUUUAGGUAACAUCUUUGAUGGUGUGUGCCAACUUGGAUGGCUAGCUCAAAACAUUGAAGUUAUCAGUGAAGUUGCAUACAGCACAGACAUGACUCAUUACUACCUUGCCACAAUCUUCCCUGGCCUCUUACCUGCAGAUAACUAUCUUCGAAUUGAGGAGUAUAACCUGGAUCCAUCUAUGAAAGACAUGGAUAAUACUGACAAAAAGAACCUGGAUAACCUUGAAAAGGCUGGAACGGGUCUGUUGACCCAAAAAGUCAAGAGGAUAAAUGUGAAUACAUUUCUCCCAUAUGAACUCGACCAAACAAAUGCUGAAGCUCUUGACAGGUUGGCUGAGAAAUUAUAUGCAGAGAGGCAGCUGCGUCUGAAAAGGAAAUCUAUGGAGAAAGGAGGAAGACCUUUCAUUGAAACUAUUUAAGCUCCUUCUGAUGGGAACUUGAGCAUUAUGAAUAAAUGUUAUGUGUAUAACAUUAUAUUAUGUUGUGUUUAUCCAUGUUUAUUGUAAUAUAUGUAUGUGUGUUAUGUUGGAAUAAGGUUGAUGGUUUGGGGUUGUAUGUAACUCCCAAUUGCUAGAACCAUAUAUCAUAUAAUAAGGUUAAAAUGCUUUGGAGUUCUAUGUAACUUCCAUUUGCAGGAACCAUGGAUCAUGUAAUAAGGUUGAAUGCUUUUGAGUUGUAUGUAAUUUAAUUGCU